UGGCGACUCAGCAGAUGUCAAUCCCUGCGGUGAUGGCACUGACGGAAUCGUUGCCAGCGUUCUGCGGCGACGACGAGUGGGUUCGUAAGCGUCUGAAAGACCGAGAUGCCGAGCGCGCAUGCCGCUAUGCCCCCGACGGCGGGUUCUCUGCUGUGGAGACCGUGCGCUUUAACCGGGCAGAGUUCACGAAGCAGAUCCAGGAGUUCCUGGACGCAGACGUGAGCGACGGCUUCGUGAUUGGUCUGAAGCGCCGCCGAGAGCUCGCGCUGCAGUUGUGUGAAGACUACAAGAAGUUCACGGAAGCGCAGAGGCUGGAGCUGGUUCUAGCGUUAGCUGUGGAUCUGGGAGUACGAGAUCUGGCAGUGAUGAUGAGGACACUGCCUUCUAUCAAGCGCUCGGGUCUGGUAUUGAACGUGGCAGCAGCCGCUCUGGGUUUCAGUCGAAAGAACGACCCUAAACUCUCCAAGAGCGUCAAGCGAGGGCUUGUACCACUCGCAGAGCAGUUCUUCCUUCUUGUUGGCACGAUCCAGCCUGGUCCACUAUUUCUGCUCAAUUUGAGAGUGGAUUUGGGUGUCCUCAUAGAGCGUCAUCGAGAGAAACUACCAAAAUCCAGCGUCGAGGCACUGGGACUCCUGGAUUUGAUCAUGCGAGACCUGUUUGCAACGCAAGGCAGCAUGCGUUUUCGUCGUAUUGAUCUGACUUCUGAAGCUCUGGCUGCUUUCGUGCUGAAACAUGAGCGUGUGCAUCAAGUUCGAGGCUGGGGCGAUCUACAGCGCCGCUUGGGAGGAUGGCAACGCUACUGCUUCGGACUUUUCCACAUGCACAUGCCGCACGCUCCAUUGGUGUUUGUACAGACAGUGGUGACGGACCACUUGUGCAGCCACAUCACACCGAUAUUGGAACAAGACACACCAGUGGUGAAAACCCCGUCACACGUCAUCUUCUAUUCGGUCUCUACGUCUAACACCGGGCUCCGGGGACUGAACAUAGCGAGUCAUUUACUCUUUCUCACCAUUCAGCGCAUGAGCAGCAUGUUUCCACAGUGUAAGACGGCGGCGACGCUCUCUCCUGUACCUGGUUUCGCUCGGUGGUUCAAGGCAGCUCUUGCUAGUGGAGAUCAGCAGUCGCAAACCACUUCGGAUGCGAAGAGUGUUUUGCAAAAGAAGGACCUCAAACUACAUCGCUUGGAGCCGCUACAACGAAGCUUCUUCAGUUCGGAGCAAGCACAGCGACUUAACAUGAAAUAUGGUGUGAACCAACUGGUGCUCCACAAGUGGCUUCUGAAAAAGCUUAGCGAUCCUGCAUGGUACCAAGAUGCUGAGCUCGUGGAUAACAUUCGUGACAUUAUCACAGCCGCAUGUGCGCGCUACAUCCUUUUUGAGCGAAAGAAGGACAAGAUCCUGGACCCUGUGGCAAACUUUCACCUGCAGAAUGGAGCUCAGGUCGAGCAAAUCAACUUCAUGGCAGACACCACGCCGUCUGCGCUGAUGUCAGCGUUGGGCAUGAUGAUCAACUACCGCUACUGUAUGACAUCGAUUGACGUGACUUCAAUCUCAUACAAGCGCAAGUCUCUGGCAGCAGUUUCUCCUGCAACAGCUCGACUUGUCUGGCCGGCAGACAGCGUCAUUCUUGACGAGCUUGAGAGAUUGAAGGACACGCGUAACACGCCGCUGUUUGCUAAAGUUUUCCAGGCUGGCGACGUGAUUAGUGCGCGAGGAUCUCUACCCACAGCUAUCUACUUUAUUGCGUCUGGAAGAGUACGCGUGCAUUCCGCUCACCCGUACACACUUUGCGAGGGUCAAACGUUUGGCGAACGUGAGUCGCUGAAUGACGAGCCCGUGGCCUUCACUGUACGCGCCGAGACAGCCACGCACUUGCUGCUGUUACCGUACAACGAUGUGAAGGCAGUUCAGCGAGAAUCAAGCACCUUACGCGAUUACGAGGGUAGCGAUCCACGAGUGUGGCAACAACAACUUUACAUGUCGUUCCACGGCAGUAAGCUCUAG